AUGCUGCCGUUCACCCUUGUCCUGUCGAUCCUACCUUUGAUCCGGGCGUCGGCGGUGCCUCGUGCUUCGGAUGCUGUGGCCUUCUUUGCACCUUCUGCAGGUGGCGGCUCCGAGCUGGAUAUUGCAGGUACUGGAGUCGGCGAGCCUCUCAACGUGAUCAUCUCCGGCUUGAGUUCUUCAGCCGUUCUGACGGAUGAUGGAAUCUUGAACUUUGCUCGUGCUAUUGGCUUCUCCACAGAAUGUCUCGGUAUUCAUCUCGGGAACCCUCAGCAGGCCAAUCUUGGUGAUGGGAAUGGCGCGCUCAAUCAGACCGCGGAGCUUCGUGAGGACUUCGGGGAUCCGAUACUCGGAACAUGCGAAGAGAGCCUUACGGGUGGAAACCAUUUCAGGUAUUGGCGACAGAAUGGUCCAAGUGCGAACAGUGGCGCCCUCUUCCUCGCCGUCUCUCAGGAGGAGAAUGUCACUGAGGACCACACGAUCGUUCCCGAUGGGUAUAACAUCGGAAGGUCUGUCAACCUCGACUCGUUAUCGAUGAUCUUUUUCAGCGGGGUCACCUACUCCACUACGGCCCAGAACAUAACUGACCUUCUGGCCCCCGGGAGUGCCGGGGUUAACCAUGGUAUCUCGCAAGACGGCAUCGUCACUUUGUUGACUGUGACGAUCACCUGA